GUAUUUACAAGGUGGAACAAAACAUACCGGAAGUUUACAUAUUUCAUCCAGAGCUAAUUUUCCAAGCUAACGUGUUCUUUUACUUUUGCACUUUUUGUAAUUUGAAGAAACGUGAAGAUGGUUUGCGAGAAAUGUGAGAAGAAACUGGGAAAAGUAAUAACACCAGAUACGUGGAAAGAUGGGGCCCGGAAUACAACAGAAAGUGGUGGUCGAAAACUUAAUGAAAACAAACUUCUGACAUCAAAGAAAGCCAGAUUUGACCCAUACAGUAAGUCAGGCUUCGCCAUCUGCCGGAUCUGUAAGAGCUCCGUCCAUCAGUCUGGAUCACACUACUGUCAGGGCUGCGCCUACAAGAAAGGAAUUUGUGCAAUGUGCGGCAAGAAAGUUUUGGACACCAAGAACUACAAACAAACGUCUGUGUGAAGGAGGCGACCUGCUCGAAGUCGGUCUAGUCCAGUGAGAGGGAGAGAAACCUGUGCUUAGUCUGAAUCUUUCCAUUAUCUGCCCUCACAAUGUUGCUUUUGUUAUAUAUUUUUUCCUCAUUGCCUCUUAUAUGUGAAAUAUUUUGUUAAAUUAAGUCACUGUAUUUUGCUGCAGCUCCGUAAAUAAGCCACAGACAAAAUGUAACAUCGAGUAGUGUUUAAAAUAACUUAUAAAUCUUCAUCUAGAUUUGAGUAUUUUUGUUAAGUUUAAUUUAAUUGCUCAUAUGGCCAUUCGUCUUGUCGUCUUGUUUCAUGACAUUUUAGAUGGGAAUGCAACAAAUCGAUAAUGAUUGGAUAUUGGUGCCGAUGUUGAAAAAUUUGAUGGCUAUAAAUUGGUGUAAUAAGACGACAUUGGCUCAAACUGUCUCAUAAUAUUAAACUGAUAUUUUAUUCUGUUGCUACUUCUAAAUACUACUACUACUACUAAAUGAUAAAUAACAGUUAGAAAACACAUUUUGAUUUUUACCAUAUACAAUUUGUGUCUCUGGUCUUGCGUAUCUGCCAAUACCUGAUACCAAGGUAUUGGCAGAUAUCGGAACAGGAAUUGGGUCAUCCCUAAUUUUACGCUGGUACCAAGAUAAUUUUGCUUGAAAUUAAUAUGAUAAAAAUCUGCAAAAUGGUUAGGUUCAAGUUCCUCACCCUAUUCAGCAAUAAAAUGGCUUGAAAUACAAAGCAAAUAUAUGGAAAUAAUAAUAAAAAAAUCAUGAUCUGGGUGCAUAAAGUCAUUAAAUCAUAACUUCAUAACUACUCAAAUUUAGAUAGAAAUUCUGUUUUCAAGUUAUAUUUUAUCCAAACUCUAUUAUCAUUUUGAUUUUUGCAGUGUGCUCUGAGCUGUUUCCCAGUUACUUUCACAUCUUCUGAGGCCAAACCAGCCAAUAUAAUGUGUACAUUUUAUAACCUUGUAAAGACCUUUUUAUUUGCUUUUAAAUAGUUUUCAGUUUGUAAAAUAGUUCUAAUUUUGAGUGAAUAAACAAUUAUGACAACAA